CAACUUGCCAACUCUUAUGACACAAUUUUUAAAUCAGCUUUCACAUAAACGGAAACCUUGUAGUUUUUUGUAAUGUGUGAACUGUGGACACUUCACUGUUCACUCAGCAUCAAUCUACCUUGCUAGUGCAGGAGUGCCAGCGCGCAGCCCCCCGCCUUCUCCAUUUAAGAGGAUUGGUGAGGCAUUUAUCGGAUUACAUGGUGAUUGGACGGCCGCUCCUCGUCAAGCGCCACGUCAGCCUCAUUGCAUCACCGCUGUGCUUUUUACCCCCAUCGAGUGGGCCAGCCUGGCUUUUAGGAUGCUGGAGCAAAGGAGAUGCGGAGCGCCUGGACCGCGAUGGAGGCGUGAGAUGUAAAUGGGGAUGCGGUGGUAUUGCCAGGAGGAACUCGAUGUCCAUUCAGUUUCAAAGUGCUUUGCAUUAAAAAGCAAACAGUGUCUCCUUCUCUCAAAAAUAAUCCAUUAUUGACAAUUAAUGUCAAACUGCACGCUGGAGCAGCUUAAUGCUGCCUCGCCGCGUGGAGCAUCACUAAUGGAAAGAAAGCCUUAUAAGAUCCAGCUCAUCGAAAUACACCUAAGAGCAGCAUAAUGCCCUCAAAAGUGUCAUGCCUUUACCUGUUGACAGUGGUCUGCUGGGCAAGCGCUCUGUGGUACUUAAGUAUCACUCGCCCAACAUCCACCUAUGUGAGCCAAAUGUCAAUACCUAUACGAAAGACUGCGAAAUCUCACAAAAACAUCACCUUCACCAACAUCCGCACCCGCUCGCUCAACCCACAUGCCUUCGAAUUUGUAAUCAACGAGCCCAAGAAGUGCGAAAGCAUCACGCCGUUUCUGGUUAUUCUCAUCAGUACCACUCACAAGGAGUUCGAUGCACGACAGGCCAUCCGGGAGACGUGGGGGGAUGAGAGCACCUUCACUCAAAUCCACAUCCUCACCAUCUUCCUUCUGGGCUGGAACUCAGACGAUGUGCUGAACCAGAUGGUGGAGCAAGAGAGUCAGAUCUUUCAUGAUAUUGUGGUGGAGAACUUUAUUGACUCCUACCACAAUCUCACCCUAAAGACCAUGAUGGGCAUGCGUUGGGUAGCUACUUUCUGCCCAAAGGCCCAGUAUGUGAUGAAGACGGACAGCGACAUCUUUGUCAACAUGGACAAUCUCAUAUACAAGCUUUUAAAGCCAACCACAAAACCAAGAAGGAGAUACUUUACUGGUUAUGUAAUAAACGGCGGUCCAAUCAGAGACAUGCGCAGCAAGUGGUACAUGCCCAGAGACGUGUAUCCCGACAGUAAGUACCCACCCUUCUGCUCAGGCACUGGAUAUGUGUUCUCAGCAGAUAUAGCCGAACUAAUCUAUAAAACGUCGUUGCACACGAGACUGUUGCACCUCGAGGAUGUCUACGUGGGGGUGUGUUUGCGCAAACUGGGUAUACACCCUUAUCAGAACAGUGGUUUCAAUCACUGGAAAAUGGCCUACAGUCUCUGCAGAUACCGGAGGGUUAUCACCGUCCACCAAAUCUCACCGGAGGAGAUGCACCGGAUUUGGAACGACAUGUCCAGCAAAAAGCACCUCAGAUGUUAGAAGAUGGAAGCCUUUCUAACUUUAUUUUUGUCACUUUGUUUUAAUGUAUCACUGUGGGCUCAUCACAAGUCUGUACGCCAUUGCAGGUGUAUUCGUUAACAUUUCUGCUGAUUGCACCUCGUGAUUGUUAAUUAAAGUUUAAGGCUUGAAUACUUGAUGCAUACUUCGAUAUGACCUUGCUGCCAGAACUGUUUUCUUUUCUUGUUUGUGCAGCAAGUCCAGUCGGUGCAAACUAGACAGCAUAUCGCUCAGACAGCCUUGAUUCAAGCCCUCACUCUGACCUCUUGCCAGCUUAAGUGUCCUUGAGCAAGAGUCGAUACGAGCUCCACAGCUGCUGACCCAGCACCCUGACCUCCAGCGAGCCAAAGGAGAAGAAUGUAACGAAAUAAGUGAAGCAUUAGAUGACUUUAUCGCCGCCCUGCAGAAUAUCUGUAGUUUAGAAGAGCCAGAAAGCAAAUAUGACCACCAGGCUGAUGUCUCUUGCUUCUCUCCCCUAUCUGUCUUUAAUAAGGCUUUAAAUAAGCUGCAGUGUACUAUCAAUAUCCAACCCCUAGUAAGCCAAGAUGAUGCUUUGAUGAUAAUUUUCCAUGAGAGACUCGCAGCAAUUAUUUUGAAUUUUCUCUGAUGACUUUGUUUACACGCUAUCAUCGCAUUGCCUUCUCGCUCUCUAAAGAAGUUAUGUAUAUUUACGUACUUUUUUAUGCAUUUCCUCAUUUUCCCACUUUGCCACUUUCAGGCUGGAGGUAAUUAUGGGUCUCAGCUACAUCUUCUCAUUACUGCAGCUGCUGCUCUGGGUUGUUUUUGCUGUACAUCAGCAGCUGUUUCAGCUCAUCAGCUCCUCCACACAUCCAGAGACUUCUGUAUCACGCUGUGUAGGUCUGAGUUUCAUUGUAGCUGGGACCGUCGCGGGGAUAGAUGUGUCGUCAUUUGUGUCGGGCGUAAUGGGGAGAGCUGCUACCGACUGAAAUUUUGCAGUUUCUUUGAAAAUAGAGCUGCGGCAGCCAAAUUUUGUUCUUUUUCUGAAGUUUUGUAGUAUGAAGAACUGAUGUGAUAAUAAAUGUGAGAGCAUCUCUACCUAUGGAGGGUGUUGUUAUAUAUUGUAUGCUUUUUUAUAUUCAAAAACAAUUACUUGAAUAAUAAAAUGUGCUGAAAGCUAUCAAGUGUGGCCUUCUUUAAUGUAGAAAACUGUUCUAUUUUUAUGUAUUGGUGCUGUUUUAUCUUUGUUGCCAGGUUUGUGUUAGAUUGCUUUUUUAUGGGUUUGUUACGUUCUGUCUUUUGAAAGACGGUUAGUGUCUGUUCCUCUGUUUCCUCAGCUCUUUGUUUGACGUUUUUAAAAUUUAUCCCAGUUUAGAUCUGCCAUGUUCAAAGUUUAGUUGUUUUAUUUUUAUACUCUUUAAUGAAAAAAAAAAAAAA